CUGGAAGCAUUGCUGACUCAGAACUGUGGCACCCCAGGGCUAGCAGGUGGGGCACCAGAUGCAGGCCAGGCUCCUGGAGUGUCCCAGCAGGUACUGGAAGUGAGACGGGGUUAUCCAUAACUUCUGAGGGCGUGGCAUCUGAGAUGUUGCUGUGGUCUGGGUGGAUGGGUGGCUUGGGUGCCUGCGAGGUCUGGGUAGUCACAAGACCAUCCUGAGAGGCUUGUCACCUUGAAGUAGCACUGGGGAGAGGAGGAAAGCUCAGCUGUUUAGGGCACACGAUUUAAGACCCCUAGCUUCACCCGGCUCUUGGAUCUGGGCUGGUUUCACACUGGCUAGGUUGCGCUCUUGGUUACCUCCCCGGCUACACUGGUUGUGGCUGCACCCCAGGCCUGCAUGCCCGGUUCUGUGGGCUGUACGGGUUCCCUUCUGCCAGUGUCCAUGCAGUGUCAUCAGGCUGCUGGGGACAGGUUGGGACCCACCCAGGGCCACAGGCCGGUGACCUGGUAGAAAACUCAUCAGGUUCUGAAGGGCGGGGUGGGCCUAAGCCCACCCACCGUGUGCCAUGACCCUUCCACCGCUCCCAGCAUCUGGCCAAGGCAGGCUUGGUGUUCAUCCUGGUGGGGCUGGCCCAGGGGGUGGGGCAGGCAGUCAAACGGGUCCAGCGGGUACCUGGGACCUGGAGGGGUGGCCCUGGUUGAGCACCCUCCCCCUGGGAGGGUACUUUCGAGCCCAGCUGCAGGCAGGCCAGAAACCGUCAGGACAGGGACACGCCACUGGUCAGAGGGAGGAGGCUUCCACAGGUAGGAAGGGGCCCACAGGCUGGCUGGGGUCUGUCAUUGGUCUGUGGGUGGCCCCUGGCCCCUGUGCUUGGCUCCUCUCUCUCAGCGGCUGAAUUCCUUUCCCUGCCUAGAUGUCAAUGUCUGUGUUCCACUGGGGUCUUGUAUGGUCCCCCAGGUUCUCUCCGCCAAGCUCCUGAGGGGUGCCUAUUUCUGCUCCUCUGUGGGUCAGGUCCUUUCCAUCCCUGUCUGGGGUCCUCCCCAUCUCCGUGUUCAACUCCAGUCUGUCUCUCCGUUUCCAAUUCAGGAACUGGUCCCCCGUGGGUCCAUUCCUAUCCCCAGUCUCCGCCUCGGGCCUCCCCAUCUACCCUGCUCCUCGACGCUAGCUACACCCUUCUCGGGAUGGUGCUGCUCUGUACUGGGGGAUCCUCUCUAAAGUACAGUCCCUGGUCUUCCCUGGAUUCCCUGCUGGUCUCGGAACCCGCUCCAGGCUCCACCGCCUCCUUCCCUGCCUGACCUCUCCUCGCAGGUCCAUCCAGAUGCCCUGCCCUCGGCCGUUCUGGCUCCGCCAUUCCCGGGUACCCCAGGGCUUGGGUCCCAGCUCCCCGGGCUCGCUCUCUGCGCCCCGCUCCCCAAGCAGAGCGGAAGACCAGAAUGAGGAGGAGGAGGAGGAGGACGGGGAUGGCAGCCUAGGCUCCGGCCCCAUCCUGCCCCCCGCCUCUCCGGUGGAGUGCCUCAUCUGCGUGUCGUCCUUCGACGGCGUGUUCAAGCUGCCCAAGUGCCUGGACUGCGGCCACGUCUUCUGUCUCGAGUGCCUGGCGCGCCUAUCGUUGGCCACGGCGGGCGGCGGCAACGCGGUGGCCUGUCCUGUGUGCCGCACGCCCACGCGCCUGGCCCCCCGCCGCGGACUCCCCGCGUUGCCAACGCAGUCCGGUCUCCUGCCCCGCGACGCGCGCGCACCGCCCUCUCGCCAGGGCUCCGUGCGCUUCGACCGGCGCCGCGGCCUUCUCUACCUGCGGCCGCCGCCGCCCCCGCCCGGGCCGCGCAAGGCCCGCGCCCCGCCGCCCCCGCCGCCUCUGCGCCUGGGCCGCCCGCUGUCGCGCCGCCUGUCGCUGGCCAGCCCGGCCUGGGUCUUCAACGCGGCCGUGGCGCUGGCCGUGCUGGUGGCCGCGGGCCUCGUGGUCUCGGGCGUCUACAUCUUCUUCCUCAUCCCGCACGCCACCUCCUCCGGCCCCGCGCGGCCCCAGCUCGUGGCGCUCGCUCCAGCGCCCGGCUUCUCUUGGUUCCCGCCCAGGCCCACGCCGGGGUCGCCCUGGACCCCCGCCUGGACGCCGCGCCCCACGGGCCCUGACCUGGACACGGCCCUGCCGGGAACUGCAGAAGAUGCGCUGGAGCCCGAGGCGGGCUCCGAGGACCCGGCGGAGGCCGAGGGGACGCUGGACAGCCGAUCAGAUGGCACGUGGGGCACAGAGACUGGCCCCGGCUGGGCCCCGUGGCCACGGGGCGCGAGGAGGCUGUGGGGCCCACAAUAA